UGCCUUUCCUUGGCCCCAGUGUACUCUGCUCUACUCACUCCGGUCCCAACUGCCAAAUCCCCUCGCCCCUCUCUCUCAGCUCCUCCAUUAGUCCAUCAUUCACCGAGCAGAGCAAAGCAAAGCAAGCGCAACAACUCCUUCUAGAGGUGGACGCGGUCGGCGCCAUUCAAAUGCCAUGCACUGACACGGCACAGAUUACCGCCACCUCUUAACUCCCCUCUUUCUCCCUCCACUUCCCAAGCACAGAGGCGCGCGGGAACCCAUGCAUGCGCCCAUGCACAUAUCCACCGCCGCCGCCCGGAUGCAUAUGUGCGUGUGCGUGCGUGUGUCCAAGGCGGCAGCUGCUCUCCUCACAAGUUGACGCCUAGUGGCAGGCUGGCAGCAAGAAGCGAAGAUGACGGGCGCAGGAGUAACGGCGCGGCCCGUGCGACGGUUCUCGGUAAUUCCGGCCGCGUGGCUGCUGCUGCUUCUGGUUUCACGCGUGGCGCCGGCGGCGGGUGAUGAUGGGGACGUGUUGUUGGAGGUGAAGAGCGCGUUCGCGGAUGACCCGGAGGGAGUUUUGGAGGGCUGGUCCGGCGAUGGCGGCGGCUCGUCGGACUUCUGUUCCUGGGCCGGCGUCACGUGCGACCCGGCGGGGCUCAGGGUGGCCGGCCUCAACCUGUCCGGCGCGGGGUUGGCCGGGCCGGUGCCCGGGGCGCUCGCGCGCCUCGACGCGCUCGAGGUCAUCGACCUUUCGUCCAACCGCCUCACGGGCCCCAUCCCGGCGGCUAUCGGGCGCCUCCAAAGGCUCCAGCUUCUCAUGCUCUACUCCAACCAGCUCGCCGGCGGGAUCCCGGCGUCGCUGGGCAGACUCGCCGCGCUCCAGGUGCUGCGCCUCGGCGACAACCUCGGCUUGUCGGGGCCGAUCCCCAAAGCGCUCGAGGAGCUCCGGAACCUCACCGUCAUCGGGCUCGCGUCCUGCAACUUCACCGGAGCGAUACCGGGGGGCCUUGGGAGGCUCGCUGCGCUCACGGCCUUGAACCUGCAAGACAACUCCCUGUCCGGGCCGAUACCAGCGGACAUCGGCGCCAUGGCAAGCCUCCAGGCGCUUGCUCUCGCUGGGAAUCAACUCACCGGCGACAUACCGCCGGAGCUUGGGAAGCUCUCCUAUCUCCAGAAGCUCAACCUCGGGAACAAUUCAUUGGAGGGCGCCAUACCGCCGGAGCUCGGAGCUCUGGGCGAGCUCCUGUACCUCAACCUCAUGAACAACCGCCUCUCUGGGCGCGUGCCGCGCGCUCUCGCCGCGCUCUCUCGCGUUCACACGAUUGACCUGUCCGGUAACAUGCUCACUGGCGGGCUCCCCGCCGAGCUCGGCCGGCUGCCGCAGCUCAACUUCCUUGUGCUCGCCGACAACCACCUCAGCGGCCGCCUUCCGGGCAACCUGUGCAGCGGCAGCAAUGAAGCAGAGUCAUCCACUAGCCUCGAGCACCUCCUGCUCUCCACCAACAACUUCACCGGGGAGAUACCGGACGGGCUGUCACGGUGCCGUGCGCUGACGCAGCUCGACCUGGCGAACAACAGCCUCUCUGGCGCCAUCCCGCCGGGCCUCGGCGAGCUCGGGAACCUGACGGGUCUGCUGCUCAAUAACAACAGCCUCUCUGGCGAGCUGCCGCCGGAGAUCUUUAACCUCACUCAGCUCACUAGCCUUGCAUUGUACCACAAUCAGCUCACUGGCCAGCUGCCGGACGCCAUCGGCAAUCUCAAGAACCUCCAGGAACUGUACUUGUACGAGAACCAGUUCUCGGGCGAGAUACCGGAGACCAUCGGGGAGUGCUCGAGCUUGCAGAUGAUCGACUUCUUUGGGAACCAGUUCAACGGGAGCAUACCGGCGUCCAUCGGGAAUCUGUCCGAACUGAUCUUUCUUCACCUCCGGCAGAACGAGCUGUCGGGUCUGAUUCCGCCGGAGCUCGGCGAUUGCCAUCAGCUCCAGGUUCUUGACUUGGCGGACAAUGCUCUAUCCGGUGAAAUCCCGGCGACGUUUGAGAAGCUCGAAUCGCUCCAGCAGUCCAUGCUGUACAACAACUCGCUGUCCGGCGCAGUCCCGGAUGGCAUGUUCGAGUGCCGGAACAUCACGAGGGUGAACAUCGCGCACAACCGGCUCGGCGGCAGCCUCCUGCCGCUCUGCGGGUCGGCGAACCUGCUAUCGUUCGACGCCACCAACAACUCGUUCGAGGGCGGGAUCCCGGCGCAGCUCGGGCGGUCCUCGUCGCUCCAGCGCGUUCGCCUCGGGAGCAACGCCCUCUCCGGGCCGAUCCCGGCGUCGCUGGGCGGCAUCGCCGCGCUGACGCUGCUGGAUGUGUCGAACAAUGCGCUCACCGGCGUCAUCCCGGACGCGCUCUCGCGGUGCACGCAGCUCAGCCACAUCGUCCUCAACCACAACCGGCUGUCAGGCCCCGUGCCGGCCUGGCUGGGCACACUGCCGCAGCUGGGCGAGCUGACGCUCUCCGCCAACGAAUUCGCCGGCGCAUUGCCGGUCCAGCUCACCAAGUGCUCCAAGCUCCUCAAGCUGUCGCUCGACGGCAACCAGAUCAAUGGAACGGUGCCGCCUGAAAUCGGUAGGUUGGCUUCUCUCAACGUGCUGAAUCUGGCGCAGAACCGGCUCUCAGGUCCGAUACCGGCGACCCUGGCAAGACUGAGCAACCUGUAUGAGCUGAAUUUGUCGCAGAAUCACCUGUCGGGCGCGAUUCCACCUGACAUCGGCAAGAUGCAAGAGUUGCAGAGCUUGCUGGAUUUGAGCAGCAACAAUCUGGUGGGCAUAAUCCCUGCGUCAAUUGGGUCUCUCUCCAAGCUGGAAGAUUUGAACCUCUCUCACAAUGCUCUGGUGGGAACAGUGCCGUCGCAGCUCGCCAGGAUGAGCAGUUUGGUGGAGCUGGACUUGUCUAGCAAUCGGCUGGAUGGUAGGCUUGGGGACGAGUUCUCCCGGUGGCCGCAGGACGCCUUCUCCGGCAAUGCUGCGCUCUGCGGCAGCCAUCUGAGAGGCUGCGGCAGCGGCAGCGGCAGCGGCAGACGUGGCCGGUCUACGAUGCACUCCGCGUCGAUCGCGCUGGUGUCCGCGGCGGUGAUACUGACGAUUGUGCUCCUAGUGAUCGUGCUUGUGCUGAUGGCAGUGCGGCGGCGCGGGCGGCACUCCGGGGAGGUGAACUGCACGGUGUUCUCGUCCACCCAGGGCAACACGAACCGGCAGCUGAUUAUCAAGGGCUCGGCGCGGCGGGAGUUCCGGUGGGAUGCGAUCAUGGAGGCGACGGCGAACUUGAGCGACCAGUUCGCCGUCGGCUCCGGGGGCUCGGGGACGGUGUACAGGGCAGAGCUGCCCACCGGCGAGACGGUGGCCGUGAAGAGGUUCGUGCACAUGGACAGCGACAUGCUGCUGCAGGACAAGAGCUUCGCGAGGGAGGUGAAGAUCCUGGGCCGGGUCCGGCACCGCCACCUGGUGAAGCUCCUCGGGUUCGUCAGCCAAGGCGACCAUGGCGGCAGCAUGCUCAUCUACGAGUACAUGGAGAAGGGCAGCCUGUACGACUGGCUUCACGGCGAGGGCAAGAAGCGGGUGCUGAGCUGGGAGGCGCGGCUCAAGGUGGCGGCGGGCCUGGUGCAGGGCGUGGAGUACCUCCACCACGACUGCGUGCCGCGGGUGGUGCACAGGGACAUCAAGUCCAGCAACGUUCUCCUGGACGGCGACAUGGAGGCGCACCUCGGCGACUUCGGCCUGGCCAAGGCCAUCGCCGAGAACCGCAACGGCGGCAAGGAGUGCAGCGAGUCAGCCUCUCUCUUCGCCGGAUCAUACGGCUACAUGGCACCAGAAUGUGCUUACAGCCUCAAGGCGACGGAGAAGAGCGACGUCUACAGCACGGGCAUCGUGCUCAUGGAGCUCGUCACCGGGCUCCUGCCCACGGACAAGACCUUCGGCGGCGACGUGGACUUGGUGCGAUGGGUGCAGUCCCGGGUUGACGCGCCGUCGCCGGCCAGGGACCAGGUGUUCGACCCUGCGCUCAAGCCGCUGGUGCCGCGCGAGGAGUCGUCCAUGGCGGAGGUCCUCGAGGUGGCGCUCCGAUGCACCAGGCCUGCGCCAGGGGAGAGGCCGACGGCGCGCCAGAUCUCCGAUCUGCUGCUCCACGUUACGCUCGACUACUACCGAGCCGGCGAGCAGAAGCGCUAGGAAUGCAUUCCCUAUUUACCAACUGUUUCUUGUUUCAGCUAAUUUUGGGUGGCAUGAAAAGAGGCAACAAAAGUUGGGGUUUAUUAGGAAUAUGGUCACUGGAUCAGGGGAAGAAGAAUCCCCUUGAAUUGGAUUGGGAUUGUUUAACUUUCAAUUUGACUGGGCUUGGAGACUGUUUGUACAAGCGAUGCAAAUUUCUUGAGAUCCCUGAGGAACAUCUGCAGAUAAGUUCUGUCAGCGACCCCCACAAGGAAGUCAAUCAACAGGGAUAUGAAUCAUGUACCAUAAGUCAAUCAUUUGAAUUCGAAUAACCAUGCUGCAGACAAGGUAAUCAAUCAGAUUCAAGUACCAUAAAAAGGUCUCCCGUACAAGUACAACCCAAGUACUGUGAAACAUCAGUUUAUUACACUAUCGCAGAUGAAAUGCGGAGCCAGUUUUUGUGACCAAAGCAAACUG